ACACAACGCACAAAGAUAAUUAACAAACGCGCAAUCCCAGACGAAAAGCCCAUAAAACCCAAAAUACUGCGAACAGUGCAAAGACAAUAGACGUUGCUUGCACGAUCUCUUUUGAGCAAAAAAACACACAGAAAAGUGGGGUUCAUCCUCGAGCAGGCCUCAUUCAUCUUCUGUUGGCUUUUUUCCUUCGCUUUCUGGUUAAGCAGAGAAAGAGAGAGAAAAGAAAAACACCCACUUUAAGGUUCGGUUGUUGUUCGCUUCCUGGUGAUUGCAAUUCUGGAAAAGGAAAGAAAAGACUAAAAGAGGGGACAUAAAAUGAACAAAUAUGAGAAUUCGACCAUUUAACUUAUUGAUAAAUGUUGUUUUCUGGAAAAGGAAAAGAAGAAGAAAUUUUUCUGAUGAUUUGAGAAGAUGGAUAGGGUUGUGGAGUCUAAAUUUUUGUUGCAUUUUCCUCAUUCCCGUUUAAUGGCAAAGAAGAGUAUCGAUUUAUUAGCAAUCCCAGAUAAAACUGAGCCAAAUGGAGUUGAUUCGAAAAGAAACUCUACAGGAAAACCUUCUCUGAACGGUGGUUAUAAUAGUCGCCCUCCUUAUUGCAGAGCUUCUAUUGGCUCUUGCAAUGAUAGAGGUAAUUUGCGAAGAAACUCUACAGGAGAGCCAAGUUUCCCAAACAGCAGACAAGAUAUUCUCCCUCAUUAUCUCAGAGCUUCUACAGGUUCUUGUCAUGAUUUCUGCAAAUAUGGGAAAACCCAUGCAUUUGAAGUGAAGGCAAGGCAUCCUAUACCAAAAAGAAUGACAAAACCUCCAUCUGGCAGACAAAAUUCCGUAGAAGUUGUGACUCCAGCAGACAGGAAGAAGGCAGCAGUGGUCAAGCUCAAGUCUUCCAUUCUUUCCAAAGCCCAUUCAUCUGAAUCCGCUGAAGUCAUUAAGCGGGAAGUUUUCUCACCAUCCAGAAAAGUUGAAGAAGUUACAAAACAUGCUCCAUUGAGUGAUGCCCAUUUGUCUAUGUCCCCUGAAAUUAUCAAGCGGGAGGUAUCAUCACCAUCCAGAAAAGUUGAAGUUGUUACAGAACACUCAUUAAAUGAGGUGAAAAUAACAGAAAAGGAGAAGAAAAUGGAUUUGUUUGCAAAAGGUGCUCCUUCUGUGAAACCUAAACCUGUUCGUGUGAAAAUAACUCAAAAAGAGAAGAAAAUAGAUUUGUCUGCAAAGAGAGCUCCUUCUCUGAAGCCAAAACCAGUGACGGUGAAGCCAUUGUCUUCCUCUGACACUUCAGGAGGUUUAAAUGUAAGAAGAACCAGUGAUGUCAAGCAGCGCAAGCUUACAGAAAAAAGAAACAGUGACAUCAAGAUUGGCAAAAACAACGGGACCCCCAAAGCAGCAGUAAAGAAGGUACUGGCAGCCCGGACAGUUUCGUUGUCCCCCAAGGUUUUUGUCAAUAGACCUAUAAACUUGAAUGCAAGGAACUCCAGAAGCCCGAAACUCGUGUCUCCUCUGAAGGAUCAGAACAGAAUAAGAAAAGCCAAACCCGAGCAACCCAAUGUUGACAAUAUUCAGGAGAAAACAUUGCAUGUUGUCAAGAUAGAAGCUGAAAACAAAAUUUUGGGAUCCACUCAAAAUGAUUGUACCAAUCAAACACUUCCAUCGCCGUUAAUACCAUCACCCAAGUCUUCAUCCCACCCAAAAUCUCCAUCUUUGUCAUCUUAUGAAGAAGAAGAUCUAGAGGGUUCUGAAUACAGUGAUAGUGAAGCAGAUUAUUCCAUCUCUGAAGACAAUGAAACUGUAAGCAUGGAUGGGAUAGAAACUUUAGAAGGGAAUGGCAACAAGUUGCCAAGAAAAGCUGGAGCAGUUCUUUCUGAAGAUAAAGAUUGUGCAGCUAUGAAGUUAAAGUUCAGGAGGGGAAAGGUGGUUGACCUUCAAUCUGAGAAUAAUGGUCCUAGGAGGCUAAGAUUUAGGCGUGGAACAGUGUUGGGGGAACACCAAGGUGGCAAGGUUGAUGCUCGAAGGCGAACCUUUAAGAAGAGAGGAGUUGAUGGUGACGGAAAUGGUAACAACCCUGGUUCUGAAAAAGUUGUUUUGAGGCAUCAGGAUGUGCAGGGGAAGAAAGAUGCUCAGGGUUUGUUUAAUAAUGUUAUUGAAGAAACAGCAAGUAAACUUGUCGAAAGCAGGAAGAGCAAGGUUAAGGCGUUGGUGGGUGCUUUCGAAACAGUGAUUUCCCUCCAAGAUAUCAAACCUUCUGCACCCAUUGUCUCUUGAAAGUGUUUUUUUAUGCGUACUUUUUGUAAAGAAAUGGUAGAAAAAAUAAUAAUACGAGCUUGUAAUGAGAGGAGUGGAUUUACAAGCUUCUGAAGGUGCAAAAGGGCCUACAGUUAGGAUUUUCAGUUAAGGUCAGAAAGCUCAGAAGACAGUGAUGAAUGCGGAUUUGUGUGUACUGACGUUGACAUGCUUCAUAUCCAUUGCUUUGAGGGUAUGCUGCUUCUUGAUUUCUUUGAACUUUAUACUAAUGUGAUUGAUUCGUAUUGUGAAUUCAGCUAUUAUAGUUGUGACUUAAUCAACUUUGACUAGGGGAAACAACAUCUAAAUGACUUGAUCUAUUGAGUUGCAUCUUUUUUUCUUUAA